AGCUUGUUUUGCUCAGUUUCAUUCGAAAUGUGGCUGCCGACACUUGGUUUCGCGAUGCAGUUCCUUUUGCUGGUUUCCCUGCUGCUGUUGCUGCCUCUGCCUGGACUCACCAGAGAACUAAGGCAGCCCCUUAGAUACGACAGCUACGAUGGCAUUCCUGCACGGAGUUAUCCAAGGAAUUUAGAGAGAAACUAAAAUUAAUAUUUAAAGGUUUCCUAAAACUAAAUAAAAUAUAUACAACCAGUGAAUCGCUGGGGCAUCUGCA